GCGGUGCAUGCCGGGACGGCAGUGCGGGAUGGGGACUGUGGCUGGGAGCGGAGCAGCGAGGAUCCGAACCACCGACACCCGCGACAAAAACGCCCAAGCACCGCUUUAGGAUGACCCACAGACUUCAUCCCCCGCUUUGUACACGACCACGGAACCUUCAAGCCGCCCAAGGUAGCAAAAUGCGCGCCCUGGAGUCGCUCUGAUGCCGCCCUGAAGCGGCGAUUUGGGCUGCGGUGCUGCGGACUUGUGGAGGGGUGACUCCAACCUAACCAGCUCGUGUGUAUAUACGGUGAGGGAAAAGCCCGCCGCGGUUUACCCCGGGAUUUUUACGUUGUACAGACCUCGUAAUAAUUUCCUUCUCCUUUCGUCCCGUACGUGAACAUUUGUUGACCUCUAAUACACGGAUCGUAAGUUCUCAUUCAAAUGGUGGACAUAAUGAUGUGCGACGUGAUGCCCACGAUUUCCGAAGACUCGAUCUCUCAGCGCGGCUCGCUGGCCGGCGGAGACGAUGCCAAUUUCGAACAACUGAUGGUCAACAUGCUGGACGAAAGGGACAAGCUUCUGGACAGCUUGCGCGCCACUCAAGAGAGCUUAGCGACCACCCAGUCGACCAUGAAGGAGCUACAACAGGAAAGAGACUCACUACAGAGGCAACUCCAGUCUAGUCUACCUCAGGAAUUUGCUGCACUGACGAAGGAGCUGAACAUGUGUCGUGAGCAUCUAUUGGAGAGGGAGGAAGAGAUCUCCGAACUCAAGGCCGAGCGCAACAACACCAGGUUACUACUAGAGCACCUGGAGUGCCUUGUGUCUCGCCACGAACGUUCCCUGCGGAUGACGGUGGUCAAGCGGCAAUCCCAGAAUCCCGCAGGGGUGUCCAGUGAGGUAGAGGUUCUCAAAGCUCUGAAGUCACUCUUCGAGCAUCAUAAAGCUCUGGAUGAAAAAGUACGAGAAAGACUUAGAGUAGCACUAGAAAGAGUAGCAGCACUAGAAGAGGAGGUGGCCAACAAAAAUUCUGAGCUUGAUGGGCUACGUGGGCAGAAAAUGGUGGAGAAGGGCGGCGAGGAAGGGGAUAGUACUGUCGAGAAGAUGGAGGACGGAGAGCAAACACAGGAGGCGCCCAGAACCAAUAGUUUACCUGGAAAGCGUCUGUCAAAUGGGUCAAUAGAUCCAGACGAUCACGUGAGCCGUGUUGUCGAACUCCAGGACACGCUGGAGAAGCAGAACGCGGACCUGAAGGCGGCGCGGGACCGCGUGAGCGAGCUGGCGGGACAGAUCGGCGGGCUGGAGGACAGCCUGCAGCAGGCCCAGCGAGACCUGGUCAAGUCCUCCGAGUCGGCCGCCAAGCAGCAGAGAGACUUGCGAGAAGCCAUGGCACAGAAGGAGGACAUGGAGGAGAGAAUCACGACGCUGGAGAAGCGAUACCUCAGCGUGCAACGGGAAGCCACGUCCCUGCACGACCUCAACGACAAGCUGGAGACGGAGCUGGCCAACAAGGACUCGGCGCUCAAGCAGUCCGAGGACAAGGUGCACCAGCUGCAGGAGCGCCUGGAGCUGGCCGAGCAGCAGCUGUCUCAGCUGUCCCGCCGCGCUGACCAGCUCCCAGGUGUGGAGGCGGAGCUUGCCAAGCGGGAUGCAGCCCUCACACAGAUAACUUGGAGUCAAAAACAGUACACGGGAACUACAAUGGCUGAAGAGCGUCAUGGAACAGUAGCAGAGCGGCUGGCUCACUUGGAGGACCAGCUAGAGGAGACCACGCUGGAACUGACCAGGGCACGCCAACGGGAGAAGAUGAACGAGGAGCACAAUGCGCGUUUGUCGGAGACAGUCGAUAAGCUGUUGACAGAGUCCAACGAGCGUCUGCAACUUCACUUGAAAGAGAGGAUGUCAGCCCUAGAUGACAAGAAUUCGUUAACUCAGGAAUUAGAGUUUACUAGAAAGAGAUUGGAAGAAACUCAACUAGAAAAGGAAAAACUAUUAGAAGAAAUAGAUAAAGUAAAGAAUGAUGGAGACUUUAGAAAGGCCCACAAUGCUGGUAGAACCAUGACUGAUGGAAGAAGCCUUCCAGACUUAAGUGCAAGGUAUCCUCUGAGUCCUAACAUCGUGGUGGGUGGUCAGGACGGCAGCGGUGUGCCCCGCAGACCCACCCCAGGACGAUACAGGGCUGACCCCAGUAGAGUUCAGACGCUGAACGAGCAGGAGUGGGAGAAGGCGGAGCAGGCCACGGUCCUCGCCAACGUGCAGCAGGCCUUCGAGAGCGACUCGGAGUUCGGCAUCGAGGAGGAGGACGAGGACGGAGUGUACAGCGCCGUGGACCUGCUGUCUCCCAGCGGGCACACCGACGCUCAGACGCUCGCCCGCAUGUUGCAAGAGCAGUUGGACGCUAUCAACAAUGAAAUUAGACUGAUCCAGGAGGAAAAGGAGUCGACGGAGCAGCGAGCGGAGGAGAUCGAAAGUCGCGUGCAGUCAACCUUUGACCUGGGGAGUAUCGGGCGGCUGAGGUCGGAGCGCCUGGGCUCCACCUCCCCCUCCGGGAGCGGAAGGUCCACUCCCAAACUUCCACGCAGCCCCGCGGUAGACACUCAGGGUGGAGAUGGAGGAGGUACCCAGUCUCCCGGGUCAGGCGGGGGCUUCGGUCUCCCCACAGCCACAUCCCUGUCCAGCGAGUCCUCCAACACUAGCUCUCAGUCACCAGCAUCUUCCAAAGAGGACAGUAAGGAGGAGCGGUCCAUCAAGUGUGAGUCCAGCCCGCCCACACCGCGGUCACUACAGCUGGACAGAGUGGCCGCUGCACUGGCAGCACACAGCAGUGAAGAUGUUAGAAGCAGCGGGGACAGCCAGUCCACCCCCUCCCCCCUCAGCUCCACCAACUCCUCUCAGGACUCCCUACACAAGCAGCCGCCCAAGAAGCGCGGCAUCAAGAGCUCCAUCGGACGCCUCUUCGGCAAGAAGAAGGGCGAGGGAGGCAAGAUGGCGUCCAACAGCAAGGAGCUGCUGGGCGCGGGGGAGGGCGACGUGUCCCAGGAUGCAAUGGGGCUGGGCGUGGGACCCGGCCAGAAGAGAGAGAUGGAGAGGAGGCUGAAAAAGAAUGGGAGCCAGAUGCGGACGUCAGAAAAAUAUGAACUCUUAGAAGAAGCCCGACGAUCGGGGUUGCCAUUCGCACUGUGGAACGGGCCUACAAUAGUGGCCUGGUUAGAGCUGUGGGUGGGCAUGCCGGCGUGGUACGUGGCGGCGUGCAGGGCCAACGUGAAGAGCGGCGCCAUCAUGUCGGCCCUGUCGGACCAGGAGAUCCAGCGAGAGAUCGGCAUCUCCAACCCGCUCCACCGGCUGAAGCUGCGCCUGGCCAUCCAGGAGAUGGUGUCGCUGACCUCCCCCUCGGCUCCCUCCACCUCCCGCACGACCACAGGGAAUGUCUGGGUAACUCGCGAGGAAAUGGAAAGCGAAAACCAGGCCAUACCAGCCUUCACGAAACUUGACCAUUUAAUAGAACAGCUCUCUGCCCUGGAAGAAGAACCCACAAACCCAGACCAGCUUGUAUCCCAAGCAAUAGAGCAGAGAGACUUGAAGACGCUUGCGUACGGAGACAUGAACCACGAGUGGAUUGGGAACGAAUGGUUGCCGUCGCUGGGGCUUCCGCAGUACCGGAGCACGUUCAUGGAGUGCUUGGUGGACGCGCGCAUGCUGGACCACCUCACCAAGAAGGACCUGAGGGGACAGCUGAAAAUGGUGGACAGUUUUCACAGAACUAGCUUGCAGUAUGGCAUCCAGUGCCUAAAAAGAUUGAACUACGACCGCAAAGAACUGGAAAGACAAAGGGAGGAUAGCAAUAAUGAAGUUAAAGAUGUCCUUGUGUGGACCAAUGAGAGAGUGAUUCGAUGGGUGCAAUCGAUUGGGCUACGAGAGUACGCCUCCAACUUGAUAGAAAGCGGUGUCCACGGCGCGCUGAUUGCUCUGGAUGACAGUUUUGACCACAAUAGCAUGGCACUGGCACUGCAGAUACCUACGACAAACCAGCAGGAUGAUAUAGAGCCCAUGGGCCGAUUUGAUGGAAAGCAAGGGCUUCCAAAUGCUCUCAUGGCACGGCAGGUUCUAGAAAGAGAAUUCAACUCCUUGCUCGCCCUGGGGACAGACAGGAGACCACUAGAGGGUGAUGGUAACUUCAAGCGGCAGCCAUCUUGGAGAAGGAGAUUACGGCCCAAAGAAGUCGGCGGGAUGAAGGAGAGGGAGGCCGUCAUGGCGGGCGCCGACGGCACGGGAACACUGCCAUCCAACUUCCGUAUCCGCGGCCCCGGCCCUCAACCCAUGUCCACAUCACCUGGCUCCAGAAGACAUCAGAGAGAUGGUCACCCCUCAGAGAUGACUUGAUGGUACAGUCCGUCCUGUGUGCCCGAUCACACAUCAGCUACACAGGAAGGGGCGGGGGAGGUGGGCGUGGCGUCUCCAUGGACACCAGCCUCUCCCGACCCCCGUGGAGACAACAUUUUCGAAAAAAAAACACCACACCACAUGUAAACACAACCAAUGCCGACAACAACCGUGUACAGUUCUACUCUUCCAUGUCCCUCUCUCCCCGUCCGGGGGUUUUCUCGGGCCCACUUUUGUGAAUAUUGAAAUACUUGUACUUAAUUAACGACCGUGUUCUGCUUGCCACGUGCGUGAUGAGUCCUCCGUGCUGUAUUAUUGUGACAUUUCACCCGAGCGAUCGUCUAGAGGUAUAACUGAUCGAGAAGAAACAAAGACUGUCAUUUUUUCCGUCAGUACUUGGCGUUUAGGGGAUUGAACAAGAGAGUAAGGGCUUCUUCCUCAGUACAUAGUCAAGCCCCCAAAAAAGUCCCUGUAUUUAAUAGAUCCUUACGAGAGGAAUGUGUAACAAUUUAAGACAUCUCAGAAUGUUUUGUAGAUGAAGAACAGAUGGAUAGUAGUCUCCACACACCGCAGAAGGCAUCCUGGCUACAGAUUUCGCACCGAAAGUCCUCGCCAACGAGAAGACAAAAGAAAGCCUGGACCACAGCCAGUGAUCUUUGCAAUUGGUGAAAUGUUGGUCAGGUGUUAUCACGUCCAAAAAUGGCUGCACGGCUGUAGUGAAAAAAGAGGACGGGACAGUAGCAAGGCUGAAAUGACGAUCGGUACAGGACAAAGGCACCCGUCCUGUUUUCGGAUAAAGUACAGGAUGACGCGUAGGAAGCAUUCGAGCAACAUCUGGUGCGGAGGAAUGUUUCCUGUUCCACAGUCCACAUCUACAGUGUUAGCUGUACUAUACUCCACGUAGAAGUGUCCCUCCAGAUGUCAUCUUCUGACCCCCCUCUGACACAAUGGACUCUUCCUCUGCAAAAAAACAUGGACCGACCCGCUGUGAAACUUUGACAUCAUUGGACGGGGUUUUGGGACCAGUCCACUCAUGUAGAGGGGGUUUGCCGAAUGGUUCAACCAAAAAUUGUUAUCACUGUAUGAAAACGUAAAGGACAGUCUGAAAAUGUAGAGCUAUUUGUAGACAACUGAUGUUUUGUUUCUCCAUCAUGCAUAGCUAGUGACGUGUAUGUCGGAAUCAUGUAGCCCCCUACCCCUAACACCCCUACCACUCCAGAUUUGUAAAUUACUCUGCAAUCUGUAGCUAUAGUAGUCAUGAUAAUUCUCAAGAAACGUAAUAGCAAUAACCCCCCCUUCUUAGUCCUGGGAUGUACUCUUCCCUUGGUCUGCAUCGUUUAUUUAUAUGCAAAAAAAGGAUGUCUUCUACCCGAUAAUGUAGCCAGGCCAGGAUUCUCUGUAAUUUGUGUAAGUAUAUGAUAUAUUUGGCUCCAUUUUUGUAUGAAAAAUAACAUUAUAUUCCAAACAGUUAAUAUAUACUCAUUUGAAAUAUCUCUCCAUGUAUAGUUCAGAAUGUGUUCAGACAGUGGGCAGUUGCAGCUAUGACUUAUUCCCCCCAUAAUGAAGACAUUGGAAGGACUAAAGGCUAAAGGGACAACAUUCUCUUCACUGGUUCGCCCUGUUUUUUUGGCACCACCACAGGAGCGGAGCCAUUUAGAUCAGUUGUCUCAGUACAGGACAAUAGUAGUGUUGAUGAGAUCUCUAUCCUUUAUGUGGGUAGGCACUCAUGAUAGACUGGAAAGGUUUAUGAUAGUUCUACUAGAGAAGUUGUGGUUUUCCGUGGUGUUUUAGGCACAGCACGGGCAUUCACGUAACUGCGUGCUGCGUUCUUCUGGUGCUGUCUAAAUGUAUCAUUGGUCAGUUCAAACCACAAACAGGGUACAAAAAAAAAUAGGUCAAGCCAUUUUCCAAACAAACAAAUUGUAUUGUGGGGCUCCUUGCUGUGGCUGAGACAAGUAGCCGUGUGUACAGCUGCCUCCUGUUGUGACCCACUCAACAGCUCCUCCUAGGGGAGGUGAACGGUAUUGCAAUAUUCCGAUUGUUGCACCUUUUCCUUCAACAUGUCAGAAGGUUCCCACUAGUCACGAUUUCAGCACUGCUCCUGUUUGGGAAUGAAACACAAAUACUUUUUGGCAGUUUUUCAUUUUAAAGAAAGGAUACCAGGAAGUUUUUCCCCCUGUAUUUCGUCUUGGGACCACUACUUCAGCUUGUAGCUGGCUGUACUUUCUCACCACUCGAUGGAAAAUGCCGUACAGUAUACAUGUUCAGCACUGUGUGCUAGAUAGAGAGUAUGCAAAGGAGGAGCAAAGGGUUUCUCUCAAAGGGAAAACCAGUUAGGUGUAAGGUUGAUGGAGGUAUGAUGGUGUUUAGUCGACCCCAAAUUUUUUACCUUGAUCUUUUAGGUCACAAACAGGAGCAUGCUUCAUUUAUAAAGACUCGUAGUCUAGUAAGAAAUGUACAGAGAUUUCAAAAAAUAGAGGUUACAUACAUUAGAUGUCUUUACAGUGUCCCUAUACCAUGAAAUUGUACAGUAUAGCAGAUGAUCUUGGAUAAUUGUGAGAGAAUGAAGGAAUUUACAAUUUAGCUGCUCAAAGAUGUGUUGUUCCGUGAAUCCCCUAUGUGUUUUCGACAUCAAGAGUUGAGAGGGAGCCACCAUGGUGUAGCAGUGUAUGUUCAUGCUUGUCUAGCAGUGUGGACUGGAAACGUUCACACUCACUUCUAAGUCUGGAUGGAUGUGCAGAGCUGGAAAUGUGUUUUACCCCAAUGUAGUCUUGGCCAAAAUAUUCCUCUACCUUUCACCAAACCUGAAUCCAACAUAGGGUCCAAAUUUCAGCCGCAAAUUUUUUUGUUGUUGCCAAAAAAGUACUAGCAUACAGCAUGUACAAAAUGUAUUGUCUGAACUCCUCAUUGCAAGUCCUAUUCAUGACCACUUUGUGAAAUUGGCAAGAAAACCGCAGCAGUUAUAUAGACGUGUCAUGUAGCAACAAAAUAAAAGAUGUUUUGAUGGGAUAAAAAGCCCCCGAUUUUAACAGGUCUUCAGUAGAAUCAGAUCCCUGAACAAGACUAUCAAAACAUAUUUCUUGGCCUGUUCAUGAGUAGUACAUACUGCCACUUCAGACAACUGUUGUUGAGGGGGAUGAAAGAAUGAGUGAAUGGUGGCUCCCCAUUGGUCAGGCCUGCAGCUGCCCACAUAUAGUAGACAGAGUAGGAAGUACAAGACUGGCACUCGUCAGAAUGCAAUGACAUGCUUUAUACAUCAUGUAUCAUAACUAUACAGAAUAAAUCCAAACAGUAAGUUAUUGUUUGUAAAGUCA